UGCAAGCGAGACGCUGUCUGCACUAGCACACUAAGACAACAUUAAGACUUAAAGAGUCACCAGCAAGAAACGCCAUGGCUCGCCGUGUAGCAGUGAUUGGGGCAGGAAGCUCUGGGCUGGCCUGUAUCAAGUGCUGCCUGGAUGAGGGGCUGGAGCCAGUGUGCUUCGAGAGCAGCGAUGACAUCGGCGGCCUCUGGAGGUAUCAGGAGAGGCCCAAGCCUGGGCACUGCAGUAUCUACCGCUCCCUCAUCGUUAACACCUCCAAGGAGAUGAUGUGCUUCAGUGACUUCCCCAUGCCGGCCCAUUUCCCCAACUACAUGCAGAACUCACAGCUGUUGCAGUACUUCCGCCUCUUUGCUGCACAUUUUGACCUCCUGAAGUACAUUCACUUCCAGACCAGUGUCUACAGCGUGAGGCAGAGGCCUGACUUCUCUCAGUCUGGGCAGUGGGAGGUGGUGACGAGAAACAGAGAGGGAUGUAAGGAGAGGCACAUCUUUGAUGCUGUCAUGGUGUGCUCUGGACACUACACACAUCCUGUCAUACCACUUACAGACUUCCCAGGUGUGGACUCUUUUAAGGGAAAGCUCUGCCACAGCUGGGAAUAUAAGGACCCACAUGAUCUCCAUGGGAAGAGGGUUGUGGUGGUGGGGAUUGGUAACUCUGGAGGAGACAUCGCUGUGGAGAUAAGCAGGGUUGCAGAGAAGACAUUCCUCAGUACAAGGCAUGGUGCCUGGGUGGUAGGCCGGAUGUGCGACAAGGGGCUCCCUCUUGACAUGAUCAUGAUCACUCGUCUCAUGGGCUUCCUGCCACGUAUUGUGCCCAAAGGCUUACUGAACUGGAGUGGGGAGAGGGGCCUGAACCAGAAAUAUGACCACCGACUCUAUGGCCUCCAGCCUGAACACAGGUAA